AUGAAUGAAAAGAAGAAACAAACGUUGCGAGCUUGUGGUGGAAUAAAGCAAGAUUUUUGCUUUCUUGAUGUCGAUGAAGAUGAAGAAGAUGCACAGGCAGCACAACCAAGUUCUAAAGAAAGCAAAAAGCGAAGUUUGACUUCGACAGAGGAGAUUGGGAGUGGUAGUGUUAAAGGGCCAAUGGACCUCUUUAUUACGAAGAAGAAAACCAAAGGGGGGAAAUUGAGGCAAACACGCAAAAAUGAUGCAUGUGACAAAGAGCUUAGAGAUCGAACAGUUCAAAAGAUAGCCCAUUUCAUGUAUCAAGCUGCGAUUUCUUUCAAUGCUGCCCAUUUAGAUAGCUUCAAGGAAAUGAUUGAAGCCAUAGGUCAGUAUCGGCCAAAUUUGAAACCACCAAGUUAUCAUGAAUUGAGGGUACCCCUUUUACAGAAGGAAAUUAUCUACACAAAUGAGUUGUUGAAAGAAAACAGAGAUGAAUGUGAGAAAUAUGGUUGCUCAAUUAUGUCUGAUGGAUGGACUGAUAGGAAACAGAGGACAUUGAUCAACUUUUUGGUUAAUUCACCCAAAGGAACAAUGUUCUUGGAAUCUGUGGAUGCAUCCGCUCAUGUCAAGAUUGGAACCCUACUAUAUGAGUUGCUUGAUAGAUUUGUAGAACGUGUGGGGGAGAAAAAUGUUGUGCAAGUAAUUUCAGAUAAUGGCAGCAAUUAUGUUUUAGCUGGCAAGCUUUUACAGGCAAAAAGACCGAAUUUGUUUUGGACUCCAUGUGCUGCUCAUUGCAUUGAUUUGAUGCUAGAGGAUAUUGGCAAAAUUGAGGUGGUUCGAAAGACUAUUUCUAGAGCAAUUGCUCUUGUUGGCUUCAUUUACAAUCAUGGAAGUGUUUUGCACAUGAUGAGAGAAUGUACUGAAAAUAAGGAGCUGGCAAGACAUGGAGUCACCCGCUUUGCUACUACAUUUCUCACUUUGCAAAGCCUCCACAAACGACAAAAGGUUUUGAAGAGAAUGUUCUUAUCUGCACAAUGGAUAGAGAGUAAGGGGGCUAAGGAUGCUAAGGGUAAGAGGGCAAAUGAUAUUGUUUUCAUGCCUUCUUUUUGGAAUAAUGUGACAUACACACUUAAAGUGAUGUGCCCUCUAGUGAUGGUUCUUCGCAUUGCUGACAAUGAAACAAGACCAACGAUGGGUUAUAUUUAUGAAGCUAUGGAUAGAGCAAAAGAAACAAUUCUGAAGUCCUUUGAUAACAAUAGAGAGAAAUAUACAGAAGUAACAAAUGGAUUGUUUGCAUGCAUACAAAAAUUGAUUCCAAGCCCUGAACUGAGGGAUAAGAUUAUUAUAGAGGAGUUGCCGGUAUAUAAGAAAUCAGAGUCAUUGUUCGGCAAUGAAUUUGCCAUUAGAGCAAGCAAUAAUAAAGACCAGCCAAUGACACCUGCGAACUGGUGGAAAAUGUUUGGCAAUGGUACUCCGAAUUUGAAAGAAUUUGCUAUCAAAGUUCUUAGCCUCACAUGUAGUGCUUCGGGUUGUGAAAGGAAUUGGAGCAUAUUUGAGCAUAUACAUUCAAAGAAAAGGAAUAGGCUCGAUCACAAGAAACUACAAGAUUUGGUGUACGUGAAGUACAAUCAAACACUCAAGUCUCGUGCGGUUAAGAAGGAUAAAGGAGAUCCUAUAGUUUUGAGGAAUAUUGAUGGUUGCAGUAAUGAGUGGUUGAUUGGAAUGAUGGAAGCUGGUGAGGAACCUAUUUUUGAUGACGAUGAUGCCACUUUAACAUGGAACGUUGUAGGUAGAAGAAGUGACAAGACAUACUAG